UUACAUACUAUACUUAUAAUUUAACAUUUAUGUAAUUUAGCCUCAAUUUAAUUAACCCAAAGUGUUCAUUUAGAUUAAAAAAAAAGAGUAAAAAUGAAAGUAAUAAUUGCAAAAGUACGAUAAUGGUCAUACGGCUCUUCAAAACAGUACGCUGGUGGUGUUUCUUGUAAUAAUGACGUGGCGAGAUUUGACUGGCCAUUGAACCGAAGUUGGCGCUGCGAGUGCAAGGCUUCUAAAUUAAAUACCAUUAAAUAAAUAAAUAAACAAAUACGAAAAAAGAAAAAUGGGGGUAAAAAGUAUUGGGUGCGGUUACAGAAUACAGAAAGUACUUGCUUCUGGUACGGUACCAGCCAAUAGUAUUAAUAAGAGUGGCAGUGAGAGAUCUCAUCCGUGAUUGGUGCGUGUACUCCACUCGCGUAUAUUCAAACAGUCCAAUCCGAGCCGGCAACCCCAAAACAAGCUCUGCUUCUUCUUCGGUCAAAUUUCAGUCUUCCUUCAAAACCCAACAACUAUUCUCUCUCCUCUCUCUAAAAUUCUCUCCCAAGCAAAACACUUUCUAAAAUCUCGCCACGUUCUAAGUAAACCCAGAUUCGGCUUUUUUCUUUUCUGGUUCUGUAACUGCUGGAGAACACCCUCCCCCAUCAUCCCCACUUCCCCCUGUUCUCGGUUCCUGGUUCUGGGUUUUCGCAGUUUCCUUAUAAUCGGAUCCCCUCUUGAAUGUAGAGAAGAAAAAAGCAUCCAUUCUUGUAAAAAUGGACGAUGUUGAUGUGGAUGUCGUAAUCCCGAGUCUAACCUGUUUGGAUGGGGAGAUUGUGGAAGAAGAAGAACAGACAUUCAUCGGAAUUGGGAAUCAGAGCGAAGCAGAGGAUGAUUAUGUGGAUACAUUAUUGGCGAAGGAGACGAGUUUUGGGUUCAGAAAAGAGAAAUCUUUGGUGUUCGGGAACUGGGUCAGAUGUGCCCGUUUGGAAGCCAUUGCAUGGAUUCUCAAAACCAGGGAAGUGUUUGGAUUCGGUUUUCAGACGGCUUAUCUUUCAAUGAUAUACUUCGAUCGGUUCCUCUCGCGGCGGGCCAUUAUUAAUGAGAAGCUGUGGGCAAUUAGACUCCUGGCGGUGGCCUGUCUUUCAUUGGCGGCGAAAAUGGAGGAAUUGAAGGUUCCGGCACUGUCGGAAUUUCCGGUGGAAGAUUUCAGCUUUGAAAGUAAAGUAAUACAAAGAAUGGAGCUUCUGGUGUUGAAUACAUUGGAGUGGAAGAUGGGUUCAACAACUCCAUUCUCCUUCAUUCCUUAUUUCAUUUCUAAAUUAUCCAUUGAAUCCCCACCAAGCAAUAAGGUUUCUCAGAUUGUUGAACUCAUCUGGGUCAUGAUUAGAGAAAGGAGUACAGAGGACCACAGGCCUUCUGUAAUAGCAGCAGCCGCAGCCAUUUUGGCGGCAAUGGAUGACAGAUUAACAAGGAAAGCCUUGGAGCUGAAGAUGAAUUCCAUUUCACAAUGUAGAUUUCUCGAAGUAGAAGAUGUGAUUUCAUGUUACAAUCUGAUGCAAGAGCUCAGAUUGGAGAGAUGUAGAGAAGAAGCAGAGUGUUUAAAAUCGCCAGAUUUAUCACCCACCCAAAUGAAAUCAAUGGAUUGUUCGGAAAAUUCUUCAGUAACAUCCACGAUUGCCUCCAAAAGGAAACGGCUAAACUUCAGUAACUGUGAUGAAAAAAAGUAUGGUGUGGCUGAAGGGGAAGCGGCCCCGGUAGAGGGAAAAAGAUGAGGAAUGUUUUUUUUCUUUUUUCCCUUAUUUUUUCCUUCUCACAAAUGACUUGUGGUGAUAAUUAGGGGUUUUGAUGGUGGGGGGUUUUAUGAUUACAAUAAUUGCUUGAUUUGUUGGUUUAUUGAUCAAGUUCUCUCAGAAAACAACCAAAUGAUGGAAGAAACAGUGGUAGAAAGAAUAGAGAAAAAUAAUUUAAAAGAAAAGAAAAAGGUUAGAUUUAUUGGGGUGAAUGUAAAAAUAGAAAAAAGUGAAAAGAGAAGAAGAAAAGCUGAUUCUGAUUUGUAUUAGGCCAAAGCCAAGGGGGGAGGGAGGGCUUCAAACAAAGCUGUUUUAUAAUGGGGCUGGAUUUUUUUAUUUUUUAUUUUUAUUUUUGAGGUGUCUGCAAAACCCUAGCUUUAAAUGGGAUGCUUUCUUUUGGUGUCUUUGAAAAGGCUGUAAGAAAGUUGAAGUGAAAGAAGAGGCACUGGGGGGUGUGGGGGAAGAGUGUUGAAAAGAGCUGAGGAGUGAUGGGCAAGCUCUGUGACUGUGUUAUUGUGAUUUGAUGCAUUUUUUUGCUUCAUUUUAGCCUUCAAAAAUGUUUCUUUUUAAAAGGUGAGAACGAUUGGAUAUGUUUGAAUGUUUGGGGCAAAGCCUUUUCAGGUGGGGCCGACCUCUUUUUCCCUGUAUACAAAGGGAAAAAAUUGAACUCCAGGCUACUUUCUUUUUCUUUGUUUGUGUGUGUUAUUUUUCUUUUUUUUUUUAUUAAACUUCAAUGAAAUUGAUUUUUUUGCCACACAUCAUGUGUAUUCACUAUGUAAUUGCUUAAACAAACCAAAAAGUCUAGCAUAAAAGUCCAUAUCCAAUGAAGAUGGAUAGAUUGGAACCAUCAACGUAAAAGCCAAUUUCUUCUUUGGCUUUUACCAAAGGAUAAACAUCCCACACCGUGGGGAAGCAAUGGAAGUCAAUUGAAAGAUCAAACUAAAAACAAAUUUACCCAUUUACCGAGAUAAAAGGUAAAAAACAGACUCCAGAGAGAGAGGAAGCAAACAAAAGGGAGUCGUUUCCAUGGGAGGAGGCAAGGGGGAGAUAUGGUCAGAUCAGGUUGACGUGCCAUGAGAUUGCCAGAGGAUACUGUAUGCAGUUAUCAGUAGAAUUGUUCUUUUGCUGAAUGAGCUACAGGAAUCCAAGCUGUGCAGUCAAACAAAAACAACCAAAAAAAUAAAUUUACUCCUACUACUAUGGUAAUUGGUACUUUCUCUUUGGCAUAGGAUGCCCUAUUUCCUAGGGCAACUUGACACGUGGAUUCCUCCUAUUGGCUCUUUUUAGAAACUGCCCAUCAAAAGCCAGUGUAAUUUUUCCACCUCAACUUUUGCACCCAUAUUUUAUCCAACAAUGGCUAAGUGAUUCACAAGCUAACUUGGUCUGCUGCAAUCUUUUUCUUCAACAUAGAAUAAAGACAGCGAUGCCAAAGGACUUUUUGUAAGGUGGGGGGAGUUGAUACCAUACCAUGGAGAAAUUUCAGAUAU